UCUCAGAUGAUAAAGAAUUGAUCUACAACCCAAAUGAAGGAGACCUGGCAGAUUCUACUAAAAUUGUCGUUAGCAAGGAAAUUAAUACUACAUCCUAUAGCCAGUCAGAAAACCCCUCUGACUCAGCCCGAUUAGAUUAUGCUAUCAAGGCGU